GCAACGAGUGAAAUCUACAGGAGAAUCUACAUAAGCUUAUUAUUGAUUAUACCUGCAUUAUUUACGUGAACCAGCUGUGUCAAUUUGUUGUUCAACAUUGAUAACUGUGCGUGUCAUCGCUUUGAUAAUCACUAUUGUAAUUGUAAGUCAUGUUACACUGACAAUGCACCUUGCGUACGCCUGUUUGUGAUUCUUAUCACUGUACUGAUAGUAGAUAUAUAGAGCUAUCGUCAAUCAGUAGCAUAAGGCCGUGAUAGUCUUAUCAGAUGAUAUAGAUAAAAUAAAGGCCAGUUUAUUCACUAAUGGUCAAUUGGAAAUUAAGCCGAACAUUUUGGUUGAAAAUGUCUCUCGUAAUGACGGUAAUUUUUGCUGUUGUCGGUGUUCUUGUGGUUGCGCUCGGAACGAGCGAUGCUAGCAGCAGUCAGUCUCUGCAAGCAGUGAAACGCGUCAUCGUAGAUGUGGAUGCUGGACCGGACGAUGCUUGGGCAGUGUUUCAUCUGCUGAGCGCGGAGAGCGUGCGCAUCGAAGCUAUCAGCUGCGUCCGAGGCAACACCAAUGCGACUAAUGUGGGUCGCAAUGUUUUACGAACAUUGACCGCCUUGGGGCGGGAGAACGAUAUUCCCAUCUACGUUGGAUCGAAUGAACCUUUGAUUACUCCAGCUCCGGAAGUCAAACCAGAGGACAUGUACUUCGGUAGUGAUGGCUUUUCCGAUAUAGAGUUUGGUGAACCCCAUCCAAACAUGACUUUGCUGAGAAUCGAUAGCACUUUUGAGGAAUUAUUUAAACUGAUCAAAAAGCACCGCAAUGAUAUUAGCUUUAUAAGCUUAGGUCCCUUAACGAAUUUGGCACUGCUGUUGAAGACGUACCCGAACACGCGUCACUGGAUCAACGAGGUUUUCAUUAUGGGUGGUAACAGACACGGCGUAGGAAAUACGAAGAAUGCGGCCGAAUUUAAUUUCUACAAAGAUCCAGAAGCGGCGAAUAUCGUGAUCAACAACUACCAUCGAAACAUAACCGUUCUUCCGUGGGAAACAGCUUCUCGAGAUAAUCUAGUAAUGAAUCAGACCUGGCGUUUCGAUGUACUGGGAAACACGAACAAUGCAGUGGUCAAAAUACUUAACCCGGUAGAGCGCAAACCACUACUGUCAGAAACUGAUAACUGGAUGCCCUGUGAUUUAUUGGUAGCGAUGGCAUUUACCCACCCGGAACUGAUCACCGAAAGCAAACGAUACCGGGCCGACGUGGAGCUGCACGGAUGGUUAACCCGUGGUCAGCUGGUGCUGGAUCAUGCCAACGAAGGAACAGGAAAUGUGACGAUUAUCGACAAUAUGGACACGCCGACUGUCAAGCGAAUGCUACUGACGUUGGCUGGCGUAGCGAAAUAAUUUUCAAUGGAACAAAGUAAAUUGUCGUCAUGUUAUUUAUGAUUCAAAUAUUAAUUUAUCCAAAGAAAAUGUUGAAAAAAACGCAAUUAAACUGUGAUUAAAAAA